GGUAUGCGCGCCUCCUCAGCCAGCGAGCAAGACCCGUUUGUUACUCCUUCAUCAGUCGGGCUAUCUACUUCCUGCUGGUGAGACUGUGUUAGUAAAUUGACCCGCCGUGCAGAAGCUGGCUGUGUUUUUCCGCCGAUUGUUGUGCCAGUGUUGCCUGUGAAACUGAAAAGGACCACUGGAUUAUUUUUCGCAUUUGGAUCUCAACCCCGUGGAUUUUGGAUACCAGUCCGCCGAACCCCCAGAGGCCCCUCAUUAUGGGUAGCAUUCAUGCAACUCCAUUACCUCGGCUCAUUUUGACGGAUCGAAAACGACCCCUAGACUAGACCAUGGCGAUACAACGAAGACCGCAGACCUGGCGCUCCGGAAAAUGUUGGAACGCACAGCCUCCUGACCUCUGAAUCUUCGCCCCCAUCAAUCGGCUUCCCUCCCCUGCCUGCCGAGCAGCCAUGGUGCACGUGCGGUGCUAAAGUCGCGCACACAGACAGCGUGACGUCGGCACGACGCCUCGUCUCAAGCACACCCCCGUCCUGCCCGACAGGCCUACUUGGUACUUUUUCCCCUGUGACAGUGUUAACAACGCCGCCCCGCUGGAUCCCCCGUGGCUCAGUCCGCGCCGUUCCGCGCCCGGACCAACCCUGCAGCUGUACGGUGGCGGAGGCGCCAACGCGGCGUCCACCACCGCGCCCCUGAUCUCUUCAACCACGUGCUCACCACUGCCAUCAUCCUCGUGCUCGCCGGACAAUAACCUGGCGUCCAUUGACCAACUGGCCGUUCUCCAUGGCAUGAAGUUCACCACCGUGGUUGUAGACGGCGGCUCCGGCGACGUUGACUCCAUCAUGAACUGUUGGUCGAGUGACCAGCACUACGCUGUUGUUGAUAGUUCUGGUGAGGUGGCGCUGACGUCGUCCAGCUCGGAUGAGCUCAAGUUGCUUGACCCCGUGGUUGAGGGCAAGGCCACCAUGGAUGUGCUGGACAGCCUGCUCUCGGGCACGCAAGUCGGCAACAACAACAGUUUCGCCGAGCUGAAGCCGUUGCCCCCCUUCAUCACAUCCUACACCGGCCAGGUGCGACUCAACGACAUCCGGUUGAACGAAUUCUACGCGCCGUCGCCGCAGAGUCAGCAGCAGCAACAGAUUCCGUCUCCAAACAGUGGCGUAGUCGGUAGCUCUAAUAGGUUAGAGACGAAUAAUAACAAUUCCAAUGUAAACAACAACAACAAUGUGUACAAAAACUGUAGUGUCUCCACUAGUGGUAAUGAACUUUAUUAUAUGACUGAGCCGGUGACGUCGACUGUCGACGGUCUGGUGACCAAACAUGAUGAUGUUAUCCUCGGCAGCAUCGCCGACAGUGAGAUGGAUGAUUUUGCGGCCAUCAUCGGCAACGUCAUGGCUGACACGACGGUGCACAACGCAGGUCUCGACAGUGUCGCCGACGUCAUCAACCGUGAUGCCUGGAUGGACUUUGACCUUAUUGACACGUGCACGGCCAAGGACGCCGACUACCUGCACGAAAUGGCCAACCACUUUGUCAACGACUGCUCGCCGUCGCCGCCUUCGUCAAAUCCGUCGGUGGUGUCGCCACCGUCGAGCUCCCAACAGCAACAGGCGUCUUCGUCAACGUUGCAGUCGUUGCUGACCCAAGGCACCCCUCCCGCUAACUACCAGGCCAUCAACAGCAGCAACAUCAAACGCGAGCCGGCCACCUACCAUCACAUGCCGUUGCUACAGAGUCGUCUGCAAAACGGCGCCAACGGCAACUCGAUGAUGAACAACAAAGACCCUCAGCAGCAGCAGCAGCAACAACAACAGUUCCUGCCCUACUGCAACGGUGGUGCCGGCGGCGGCAAAGACAUGUUACCUCACACGACGCUGGCCAGUCCGCCAGGUCACGUGACCACGUCAGAACUCGUCAACGGCGGCCCCAGUCCGCCGAGGUUCAACAGCGGGGCGCCGUCGCGCAACAACAACGCCAAGUUCCGUCCGGCCAACAACCGCGGCGAGCUGAGUUCGCUGGAUGGCUACGGCGGUGGCUCAAUGUCGACGCCUCCGGCCAAGAAGUCCAAGAGUCGCAGCAAGAACAAGCUGAACGCGCAAAACAGCGGCAACAGCGGCGCUGCCGCGGCAGGUCUGGCGACCUACCCUGACGGCAGUGCCAAGGAAAAGCCCGUGCACCACUGCUCGAUAUGCAACCGAGGGUUCCUGAACAAGUCCAACAUCAAGGUGCACCUGCGGACGCACACCGGCGAGAAGCCCUUCCGCUGCGAGGUGUGCGGCAAGGCCUUCAGGCAGAAGGCGCACCUCAUCAAGCACCAGCAGAUCCACAAACGGGUCGGCAGGGACUGACCAGCCACCCUAUCUAGCGACGACCCUAUUUAAUUUUAAAUAUACAAAAAAGCGCGGCAAUCAAUGGCAACAAAAGUGCUUCCGUAAUUCAGGGUGCGGGUUUCGAAAAUGUCACCUGCCGACCUGAGCUGCCAAAAGGUCGGAAAGCAAACAGGCGUGCGUGGCCCCUCCCACUUGAUUUUUGCAAGCAAGUGAUUUCAAUAGCCCACCUGUGGAUUAAAAUAUAUUAAUUUUUAAAAAUAAUAAAUUACUGCUAGUCAUCAAAGCACUCUUUCUUAUCUCUCCACUUUUUCGUGUACGUGUAUUAAGCGUAAUGUUACUAUACUCAACACAACAGUUGUUUGAAAAUGAUGUUGGCAUUGAUUGUACCUGCGAUUUUCCAACCUGUGAACUGCCCUAUUAAGUGUUAGUAAGUGCGUGCAAAAUCAAAUUCGAAGCUCUUUUUUUAAGUGUGAAAAGCAGGAGUUUUUCAAUCACGAGCCAAAGAUUAUCAAACCUGCUGCGAUUGCGAGAAUAUAAUUGUAAAAAACGAAACAAACUCUUUAAACUUUUGUUUUUUAAGUAAUCAUUGUUCCUCACAAGCAAACAAACGAAACGAAUGGUUUAACAUACAAAUUCCGGUUGCUUGAGACUCGCAAGAAACUCUCGGCGGAAAAAUAAGUAAUGGUACUUUUAAAACACACACGAAAAAAUGCAUUGAAUAAAAAACAAACUCUUAUCGUCUAAUGUUUAGUGCGUAACAAACCUGUACAGAAAACGAACACACACACAUGAACGGAACAAGGCGGGGUAUUUAAAGAAAAUUAAUUUUCUAAUUGCUAUUUGUAGAUAGUUAUCGAAGAAAAGCCCUUCUUUGAAGGGCGCCACUAUAUAUUGCUCUUUUAACUUGUUGUGUCUCAUCUCAUGAGUUUAAUUUGGUUGUUUUCACGCAGCCAAGAAAAAAGUGUACUACCACCACGUUGUUGUUGUUGAAGAAAAUUAAUAUGGAAAAGUGUAUUUUGUAUCAUUUUGUACAGAGAAAUUAUUUUGCGGUUAAGUUUAUAUAAAUCUCCCCAUUUGUAAUUAUCAGUUGUUAUUUAUGCAAUUCUCCAUUAACUUGUAAGCCUUAGGUUUAAGUUUCGCAAAACGAACGGAAUCUCCAACACGCAGUAUCUAUUAAAUAAAAAAAAAAAUUGUAUAUGUACUACUCUUACAUGUUGUAAACAUUUUAAAACCGUUCAUCGAAUUACAAACGCAUAUUAUUCUAAUGUAAAGCAUUGUGAUUCUGAAAGACAAAAAAAAUCUAUAUAUUUUUGAUACACAAACACGCGCGAAUCAAUCUUCUUUCAAACGGGUGUAAGCUGAAGAAGGGAAUCAAAGAUUUAUUUUUGUAAUAACAAUUUUUCCAUCGCAGCUGAAAUUUUAACAAUCUAUUUAAUAUAGCGAUCCCCCCUCAAGCCAGUUGUGCUUUCCGUACCUAAUUUAUUUUGCAGCCCUUCCCCCCACCCUUUUAUCGCGACCACGGUGCAUUCUUUUUUUUAAUUUAAUUUUUAAUUGACUUUUGUGUCUGUAUUUAUAAAUAAUUGAUCAAGCAAAGUACAACUCGCCAAAAAUCCGCAAUUACUAAUUAAUUUAUUUCCCAGGGGUCAGCCUCACCUGCUGCGUUAUUUUCUCCCCUUUUUGCUCAUCGAAGAACUACUUUUAUUUAUUUAUUUACUCCGCUACUACUGUACUAAUUGGGAAUUGGUGCAUAAUUUUUAACCAACACGCGCUUCUAUUUAUCUGUCUCUACGCUCUUUUCCGCGCGCGGCCGCUGCGAUUUUCUCUUUCUCGAAUGAAACCUCGGACACGCGUUUAUUCUCUUUACUUCUUUUUCAAUAAGUAGUGUAUUGUUUAAUUUUCAAUCACUCGCGUCUCGGUCCGCUCUUUGUUUGAAUGGUGACUUCGGUUGCAAAUGAAAGAAUCUGUUAUCACGAUGCUUAGCGAAACAAGUGUAAACAAAUCGGUCUGUUCAUAUAUAUAUAAUAAUUUAAACAAUUUAUAUAUACACAGGCUCAGUUGUUGUAUUGAUGUAUCUGUUUUUCAUGUUGGAAGUGAAGCGAAAUCGACGAUGUUAAUAUUAGUUUCUUUUUUAAAAAAUAAUACAAAUUGAAGGAAAUAAUAA